UAAAGACCAUAAAACAUCAUCACCAUCAGCAUCAGCAUGAAGAAAGUCAUAAAGACACAACCUGAAAAGCGUCCGUAUUGCAAACCGCAGAGACGUCAAAAAAUCAUUAAUCGUCCAGCAGAGGAAGCUCUUUGUAAAACAGAACGUAAAACUUUAGUGGCUGCUCAGCUGAAACCGCGACCUUUGGUCGACUGUCCAUUCUAUAAUUUAAAAUAUAAAUUCGAUGAAUUGCCACUGGAUCCGGUUAAAGAGUUUAUCAUAGAGAAAAUUUCUCACAUGCAAUCGAAUGCCAUCACGGGACGCUGCAACAAAGAAUUGGAAUUUCAUCAAUAUAAUGUGGAGAGUGUUGAAUUGAAAUAUGACGAAUAUGAUGAUUAUAAUGAUGACAAUUUACCAGAAUUACAACUGAAGGACAUUGUUAUGCCGCAGAAAUUCGAAAUGCUUCGUAAUAAGAAAUUGCAUUUUUAUGGUUUUGAUGUUUGUGAUGAUCCAUAUCCCUGGCUAAACAAAUAUUUGAGCGAACAACCUACCGAAGAGUCGGUUUUUGCGGUGACCCAUACACUGUUGGACAUUUAUUGCACCCGCCGAGUACGUGUGUUUUAUUUUAAUUGUCGCACCAAAUCAUCCCUGUUUACAAAUGAACUAAAGAAAUUACAUGGUGGACCGACGGAUGUGAUUGGUGGCUACAAUACACCAUCAGCUAAGCGCUUGCGUUUGCCGGCUUUGAAACCACCAGCUAAAGUUAAAAAAUUUAAGGCGGGUGAUCAUUAUGCAUUGAGGACACCGGAAGAGUGUCGCAAUGAACUGGCACGUAUGGGAAAGGUUAUCGAUGAAUUAAUUGCACCAACUCUGCAGCGUGCUAAAGCAGUAGUAAAACAGCCACAUCCAGAAUCAAGUACCACGAAAGAGUCUGACGAACAACAUCAACAAUGCAGUACAAAUAGUAGGUGGAAAAAACAUGUUAAAAGCAAACUUAAAAGUGUGGGCUAUUUUAAAACAUCCAUAAUCAGCCGAAAGGAUUUUGCAACAAAUGAAGAAUUUCUGCUGCACUUAAAACGUUUGGAAAAGGAAAAAUUUAAAUAUUUGGAAGGCUUUUUACCAGUGGAUCCUGAAGUACAGAAAGCUUUAAUAUUAAAUAAUUAUAAUGCCAAGCUAUUGGAAUCGAGCAGAAAAUUUACGCCACAUGUGGAAAAGCGCUACAAGUGUCUAAUGCAGCAUCUUUCCGUAUUAAGUUUGGAGACUUUUCCAUCCAAGUUGAUUAAGAAAGUUUUACCGAAUAUCAGUAGAAAACUUCAAUUUCUGCAGGAUGCUUAUAAGUUUGUUUGCCAAGAAGAGAAAUUGUGGCCAAAAUUGCAUCCUGAAGUUAUGUUAAUGGAUUAUCUUUUCACAAGUGAACGACAAAUACCCACCGAUGUAGCCGUGUUAAUUAUCUCAUGUCUUAUAGAUCUCCAAGAAGAUUUUCGUUAUUAUGUGAAACGUGCAUUUCUACGAUAUUUACUCAGAUCACCAUUGGAACGUAAACGUUUGCAAUUGGAGUUUGAACCGCCUGAAUUUCCCAUAAUGACCAUACGAGCACCAGUACCUUGGAAAGUUUAUGUACAAUUAGCACGAAAUCAUUUGGAUCAAGUACUAAUGACUACACAUCCCGUUAUACAAGCUUUAAAUUUGCUGUGGCAUCAACUCUAUAAUGACUUGGUUAUUGUUGAUGUUUCCAAGAUUAUUCUACGUGAUAUACCCAUGGACGCCGAUGAGUUAAUAAAUUUUAUCCAAGAAAGUUGUGACACUAUUAGAGAUUUGUUAUUGAAUGAUUGGAUUCCACGUUGUGCUGAUAUGAUGGAUGUAAUGCGUAAAACUUGGAAGGAUUUAAUACCAAUGCGUGGUGGCUAUGGUGGACGUGCAGCCAUACUUUUUCGUUGUGUACAUGCUUUGAUGUCACACCAUUUGGAAACCUUAAUCACCAGAAGUUUAUCGUACUUGUAUAAGACUUUGGAGGAUUAUUUGGAUGGCAAUGAUAUUGUUAAAUAUAAUAUGCAUGAUCCCAAAUUAAAGAGGCGCCCUCUAAUGACUCUUAUUGUGUCGGUUAUUGGCACCCAUUUUGAUAAUCCCACGAGAGAAGAUAUACCAGCCGAACACACAAUACCACCCAUAUAUGAAGAACAGGAAGAUGAUGCUAAUCCAUUCUAUAAAAGGCCCACUGUGGUGUUGGUGGAGACGCCUGCCCUAGACGUCGACCAUCUAAGUACAUUCCUUUCAAGAAACAGUGGUAAAUUCCAUGCCUUUCCCUACAUAGGCAGUCUACCAGAGUUAUUUAUUGGCAUUUUCAAAAGGAUUUUAAGAGUAGGCUAUGAAAUACCGCGACUGGAAUAUGUUAUGUCAAAUGAUCCAGAUACCUACGGUUAUUUACAUUGCAUAAAUGAAAAUCAUCCUGAUAUUGUACUGCUAUAUGACAAAAUACAAAAAAUAGUGGAGAAUAAUUGGCGUGGUCCCAUAGUUUAUUUGCUGCCUAUUUACAAAUACUAUUAUCCAUUAUUGUCGAAUCGAAUACAACCGAUUGUGGAAAAGAUUUUUACCCAACAUAUUUUACCGGACUUAAUGUCAAUUGAAAAUGUGAUGAAAAAACUUCGCUCUAUUAUUGAGGAAACAUAUAUUUUACGUGAUUUUAUACCAUUGAAUCUGUUUAUGUUGGAUAAUCGUCAUGUUAAGCAAUCGGUUGCAAUGUUGGUACAGAAUAUUUAUGAUUUUAUCAUUGACUUUUAUAUGGCUGUAAAUCUCAAUGAAAAUCGUGCGAUAUGUGAUGCUUUAGAAGAAAUGUCAAUGAAGGCAGGUGAACGUCCGGAAGAGACGGCAGAAGUUGUUGCAUUGCAAAACUAUUUGGCAGAAUGUCGAGAUGAGAAAAUAUUUGCCAUAAAAGAUGAGAUAAAAGUUGUAUCAAAACGUGUUGUAUUCCUGCUGACACACACAAAAUUAACAAAUGAAGACAUACAUCUAAAUACACGUACAUUUAUUUUACCAUCUGAGCUGGAAGAAGUGCUGGAUUUAAGUGCAGCUCGCUUAAGUGUUGUUCGUGAUAAUUUGGAAUUCGCUUUGCGUGAAAAACGUAUUAAAUUCGAACAAUUAAUUUUAUAUGAAAAACGUCGUAUGGAUGGUUUCCGUGUUAAAGAAACACGUGAUGUUCUUACUUUGGAUGAGCUUAAAGAACGUGUCGAAACUGUCGAUGAAUUAUUUGAUAUUAUUGAGAAUAUGAGCCGCGAAGCAAAAGCAAUUAAUGUUGAGGAACAAUUGCUGCAAAUAGAUGUAUCACCGUUUGCCACACUGGUGGAAAUUGUUGAAAAAAUGGAGCCUAUUGAGAAGCUAUGGAAAACCGCAUAUCAAUUUGAAAAGGAUCAUGCGAUAUGGAUGUACCAAAGAUUCCAAUGUUUAAAUGCGGAUGCCAUAGCAGAGGAAGUCGAGAAUAUGCACCGGAUUGUAUACAAACUCUCACGUCAGUUGGCUAAUAAUCCCACGGCUAAACGGGCAGCGGAACAAGUACGAGUAAAAAUUGAGAAAUUUCGUGUUUAUUUGCCGGUAUUAGAUGCCAUAUGCCGUCAAGGCCUAGAACAACGCCACUGGGAUAUGAUAUCGACAUUUUUGGGCAAAGAUUGCAAUCCUGAUUUGUAUCCCUCCCUUAAGGAUAUGAUUGAUUGUGGCAUUAUGUCCAUACUGCCACAAUUGGAAGAAAUUUCAAUAGCAGCUGGCAAAGAAUAUGAUUUAAAUCAGCUAUUGGAUGGCAUGAAAACAGACUGGAAAGAUGUGUGUUUUGAUGUUUUGCAAUACCGUGACUCCGAUACACAUAUACUGGCUGCUUUGGAUGAUAUACAAACACUUUUAGAUGAUCAUAUCAUGCGUACACAAGCCAUGAAACGAUCACCCUUUAUAGCGGCUUUGGGCUCAAAGGCAGACGAUUGGGAAAAUCGUUUGACACUCAUACAAAAUAUCAUAGAUACUUGGACUUCGGUGCAGAUAACUUGGAUGUAUUUGGAACCCAUCUUCUCGUCGGAAGAUAUUAUGCGACAAAUGCCUUUGGAGGGUCGCAACUUUAAGGCUGUGGAUAAAAUUUGGCGUCGCAUUAUGCGUAACACUGUUAGCGAUUUGCAUGUUAUGGCUGCCACUGAGUAUCCCGACAUGUUGGAAAUAUUCAAGAAGGCCGUGGCAGACUUGGAAACCGUGCAAAAGGGUUUAAAUACAUAUUUGGAACAGAAACGUUUGUUUUUUGCUCGUUUCUUUUUCUUGUCGAACGAUGAGUUACUGGAGAUUUUAUCAGAGACCAAGGAUCCUUUGAGGGUGCAGCCACAUCUGAAGAAAUGUUUUGAGGGUAUUUCAAUGUUGACUUUUGAUGACAGUAUGGAAAUAACCCAAAUGAUAUCGGAUGAGGGCGAAAAGGUGCCACUUGUUAGGAAAAUUAAUCCGCAGUUGGCCAAUGGCUUAGUCGAACUAUGGCUUAAGGAAGUAGAGGCCACAAUGUUGGACAGUGUCAAAGAACAAAUGAAAUUUGCUUGGGAGGAUUAUUUCAUGAUUGAACGUAUACAAUGGGUGGUAUCAUGGCCGGGACAAGUAGUGCUUGGAAUAUCCUGCAUGGCCUGGACUUAUGAGGUGGAGGAAGCUAUAGAGAACAAUACUUUGUCACAAUAUCUAACCAAGUCAACACAACAAAUUUCUGACUUGGUUAAUUUAGUGCGCACAGAUUUAAGCAGCAAUACCAGAAUAACCAUAGAGGCGCUAAUAGUGUUAGAUGUACAUGAUCGUGAUGUAGUGAAUUAUUUGGUGGAAAAUAAAGUGUCUACUUUGCUAGACUUUGAUUGGAUGUCUCAAUUGCGUUACUACUGGAAAGUCACUGAAAAACGCGAGGAAUGGGUUUGUGUCAGUAUGGUUGUUACUGACGUCAAAUAUGGCAUGGAAUAUUUGGGUAAUACACCAAGGUUGGUCGUAACACCACUCACUGAUCGAUGUUACAGGACACUAAUGGGCGCUUUGAAACUAUGUUUGGGUGGAGCACCGGAAGGCCCUGCUGGCACUGGAAAAACGGAAACAACCAAAGAUUUAGCCAAAUCGGUUGCUAAAAAAUGUGUGGUAUUUAACUGUUCAGAUGGUUUAGACUACAAGGCAUUGGGUAAAUUUUUCAAGGGUUUAGCACAAUCUGGCGCCUGGGCAUGUUUCGAUGAAUUCAAUCGCAUCGAAUUGGAAGUAUUGUCUGUGGUUGCCCAACAAAUAUUAACAAUACAAAGAGCGAUUGGAAGAAAAGUUGUUAAAUUCUUUUUCGAAGACACAAUGCUACGUUUGGAUCCAACAUGUUCAAUAUUCAUAACAAUGAAUCCAGGUUACGCCGGCCGCACUGAAUUACCUGAUAAUCUUAAGGUAUUAUUUCGUACAGUAGCCAUGAUGGUGCCUGAUUAUGCAAUGAUUGGUGAAAUAACUCUGUACUCGAAUGGUUUUUAUGAGGCACGUCAAUUGUCGCAGAAAAUUGUUCAGGCGUAUAAAUUGUGUUCGGAACAGUUGUCGUCACAAUCCCACUAUGAUUAUGGUAUGCGUGCCGUAAAAUCUGUGCUGUUGGCUUCAGCAUCAUUGCGUCGCAUGUACCAAAGUUUGCCCGAAGCCCAAAUUGUUUUACGCGCCAUUGUUGAUGUAAAUUUGCCGAAAUUCUUGGAACAAGAUGUUUCAUUAUUUGUUGGCAUUUACACGGAUCUCUUUCCCGGCACCGAAUUGCCGAUGCCAUCUCGUGAGGAUAUAAUGAAAUGGUUAAUUAAAAUAUUGAACGAAAGAAAUCUCCAGGCCACACCAUGGUUUGUGGAGAAGAUUUUACAAAUUUAUGAAAUGCUGCUGGUGAGACAUGGCCUAAUGGUGGUUGGUGGUCCAAUGGGUGGUAAAACCACAGCGUGGCAGGUUUUAGCCCAAUGUCUGCGUUAUGUAUCAGCUGAUGAAGAGGCCACUUUGCGUGAGUAUCCCACAAAUUAUCGCAUCAUUAAUCCCAAAGCCAUUACCAUGGGACAAUUAUAUGGACGUUUUGAUCCAGUCUCCCACGAGUGGUAUGAUGGUGUAUUGGCCAAAACGUUUCGCGAGUUUGUCAAUGGUUCGCAACGUGAACGUUUCUGGAUUUUCUUUGAUGGUCCGGUGGAUGCGGUAUGGAUUGAAAAUUUAAAUACCGUAUUGGAUGACAAUAAGAAAUUGUGCCUGAUGUCGGGUGAAAUUAUCACCAUGACUAAGCUGAUGAAUAUGAUGUUUGAACCGGCUGACCUGGAGCAGGCCUCACCAGCCACUGUUUCGCGUUGUGGCAUGGUCUAUAUGGAACCUUCUCAGCUGGGUUGGCAGGCUUUACAUCAGAGUUUUGUUAAUGUUUUGCUGAAUAUUGUGGGUUUGAAUGAUAUCUAUAUGAAUCUGUUUGAGGAAAUGAUACAGUGGCUGGUACCGGCUGCCUUGGAUAUUUUGCCAGAGUGUAAUAAAAUGGUGGAAACAUCACCGAUUCAUCAGUAUCAGAUGUUCUCCCGCUUCUUUUUGCAUUUUUUGGACAAACACAAGGUGUUCAAUCAAGUUUGGUUCCAGCAAAUGUUUUUAUUCUGCUAUGCCUGGGCAUUCUGCUCUCAUUUGCAAGUCAGAGGCAUUAAACGUUUCGAUGCUUUGCUGCGCAAAAUCUUGUAUGGCGCCAAUGAAGACUAUCCCAAACCCAAAUACUUUUCCCUCAAUCGUGGUCAAAUGUUUCCCGAAAAACUCUCCUUUAUGGACUAUCGUUUUGAUGAACAAGAAAAUUGGUGGACUUGGCAAAAGUCCAGUGAUGAUCCCUCUGCUGCCAUAUCAUCAUUUCCCGAAGGUGCCCAAAUAAGCGAACUAAUUGUACCCACCAAUGAAUCGGGUUAUUUGACCUAUUGGCAAGAGUUCUGCAUAGCUAAAUCAUAUCCCAUAAUGGUUAUAGGACCCACCGGUACGGGUAAAAGUGCCAUACUCACCAGUAAUCUAUUGGCACUGCCUAAAGCGUCGAAUUUGGUGAAUAUAGUGAAUUUUUCGGCCAGAACUACAGCCCAGCUGGUGCAGGAGACCAUAAUGUCGAAAUUGGAGAGAAGGAGAAAGGGUGUUUAUGGGCCACCGCUGGGAAGAAAGUGUCUGGUAUUUUGUGAUGACAUUGCCAUGCCAAGUAAGGACACUUAUGGAUCUCAGCCUCCCUUGGAAUUGGUGCGCCAGUGGCUGGAUCACGGCUACUGGUCCGAUUUAACAGAUACCACCAAAAUUGAAUUAAUCGAUAUGUGCUUUUUGGGUGCAAUGGGUAUGCCAGGCGGUAGUAAUUUCAUUUUUCCACGUCUCUAUCGUCAUACAUUCGUGGUGGGUGUUGAUUCAUUUGAGGAUGCUACAAUAAUCAAAAUAUUCACAGCCAUCGGUGAUUGGCAUUUUGCCAAAGGCUAUCCCGAAAAGGUGGCCUUACUAUCACGGGGUCUAGCUGAAUCUAUGGUCAGUGUUUAUCGUUCAGCAAUGAGAAUAUUUUUACCAACUCCUGCCAAAUCCCAUUAUACGUUUUCGUUACGUGAUAUAACCCGUGUUUUUCAGGGUGUUGUUUUGGUGCCAGCAAAACGUUUACACGAUCCAGAAAAACUCGGCCGUCUGUGGGCUCAUGAAACGUAUCGUGUUUUUUAUGACCGCCUAAUUGAUCAAAAGGAUCGCGAUCAACUUUUGGAAAUGUGCACUUCCGCCUGCAAAACACACUUACGUUUCUCACUCGAAUCUGCCUUUUCGGAUCGUAUGGCUAGUCCGGCAGCUAAACUAACCGAUGAUGAUUUACGUAAUCUAUUUUUUGGCAACUAUUUGGAACCAGAUGCCGAACCAAAGAUCUACGAUGAAUGUGAAAACUAUAAUAAAUUGGAAAAACUAAUGCAUUAUUAUUUACGUGACUAUAAUGGAUUUUCAAGUACACCCAUGGAUUUGGUUUUAUUUCGUUUUGCCAUUGAGCAUAUAUCGAGAGUUUCACGAGUUUUACAAAUGCCACGCGGUAAUAUUUUAAUGGUCGGUAUGGGUGGUUCUGGUCGACGUAGUUCCUGUCGUUUGGCUGCUCACAUUGCUGAUUGUAGAUUAAUGACGGUACAAGUGACAAAAACUUAUACACAACAGGAUUGGCGUGAUGAUUUAAAAAAGAUAUUGAUGACCGCUGGAUUUAACUUAAAUCACACUGUAUUUCUUUUCUCCGAUUCACAAGCCACCGAUGAAUGCUACAUAGAGGACAUAAAUGGCAUAUUAAAUUGUGGCGAUUUACCAAAUCUUUAUCAAUUAGAAGAUAAAGCAGCCAUAAUGGAAAAUAUGAUUAAUAUUGCAAAACAAUUGGGUAAAAAUAUUGAUCCCUUACCAAGUGAAAUGUAUUCAUUUUUCAUUGAGCGCAUACGAGAACAAUUGCAUGUUGCAUUGGCAUUUUCACCCAUCGGCGAAUCGUUUAAGGAACGCAUACGUAUGUAUCCAUCGUUGAUAAACUGUUGCACAAUCGAUUGGUACAUGCCAUGGCCGGUAGACGCUUUAGAACGUGUUGCGGAAUAUUUUAUUAGCUCAAUGAAAUUGGGUCAAUCACAAGAAACAGAAGAUGCGGAUGCCAAUAAGUCACUUGAAUCAUACGAAUCGAAAGAAAGUAGAAAAAGUUUAGAGGAAGUACAAGAAAUUGUAUUGAGUGAUUUGGAAAAGGAAUUGGUAAAAUGUGUAAUGCAUUUUAAUCAAUCCGUUGUCGGUGCAAGUGAAAAAUGUUUCACAGAAUUGGGUAGAAGAAAUUAUGUGACACCCUCUUCCUAUUUGGAAAUGUUAAAGGCAUUUCGUAACUUUUACAUACGAAAACUUGAAGAGAUAACGAGAUUACGAGAUAGAUAUACGACAGGCUUGGAGAAAUUAGAUUUCGCUGCUGGUCAAGUGGGUGAAAUGCAAUCGAAUUUAUAUGAAUUGCAGCCUAAAUUAAAGGUACUCUCAGAGGAAACGGAAAAAAUAAUGGUUAAUAUUGAACGUGAAACGGCGGAGGCGGAAAAGAAGAAAGAAGUAGUGGGUGCCGAUGAGGCGGCUGCUAAUGAGGCAGCUGCUGCUGCUCAGGCCAUUAAAGAUGAUUGCGAAAGUGAUUUAGCCGAGGCCAUACCGGCUUUGGAAGCCGCUUUAGAUGCUUUGAAUACUCUCAAACCAGCUGAUAUAUUUGUGGUGAAAUCUAUGAAAAAUCCUCCUUAUGGCGUUAAAUUAGUGCUGGAAGCAGUGUGUGUUAUAAAAGGUUUAAAGCCGGAUCGUAAACCAGAUGCUACGGGCAGAAUGGUGGAAGAUUACUGGGGUGCCUCGCUGCGCAUGGUCAGUGAUAUGAAAUUUUUGGAAUCUCUAAAGACAUUCGACAAGGAUAAUAUACCACCAGCUAUAAUUAAGAAGAUUCGGGAGAAAUAUGUUGCUGAUCGUGAUUUUGUGCCGGAAAAAAUUAAAUCAGCCUCUACUGCCUGUGAGGGUUUGUGCCAUUGGGUACGUGCCAUGGAUGUUUAUGACAAAGUUGCAAGAAUUGUUAUGCCCAAAAAGGCGGCCUUAGCUGAGGCUGAAAAUGAUUUGGCAUCCCAAAUGGAAAAACUUAAUUCCAAACGGGCUGAGCUUCAGGUGAUCUUGGAUAAAUUACAAAAGCUUAAUGACUUCUUUGCAGAAAAAUCAAGGCAGAAAAAAGGACUGGAAGAUGAAAUUGAAAAUUGUGAAAAGAAGCUGAACAGAGCUGAAAAACUGUUGGGCGGCUUAGGUGGCGAAAAGACACGUUGGUCAGAGACAGCUCAUAAUCUCCAUAAGUCUAUAAGCAACAUUGUUGGUGAUGUUCUUUUGGCUGGUGGCUGUACAGCAUAUUUGGGAUUUUUUCCAACAGAGUAUCGUGUUAAUAUUUUAGAGGAAUGGAAUGAAGUUUGCCGACAACAUAAAAUACCCUGUUCCGAGAAAUUCUCAUUAGCCAAUACUCUGGGAAAUCCGAUGCAAAUACGUGCUUGGUCUUUAGCAGGUUUACCGGCUGAUAACUUUUCUGUGGAAAACGCCAUCAUCGUAGCUAAUUCCAGUCGUUACUCUCUGCUAAUAGAUCCACAAGUACAAGCCAACAAGUGGAUUAAAAAUAUGGAAAAGAAAAAUGACCUUAAAGUUAUAAAGCAAAGUGAUGCCAAUUAUAUGCAAAUACUUGAAUUGGCAAUUACGUAUGGUAAUCCAGUAUUGAUUGAAAAUGUUGGUGAAUGCUUGGAUUCAAAUUUAACGCCAAUUUUAGAGAAGAAUGUAAUUAAGCAUAAAGGUGGCUACUUUAUCAAGAGCGGAGAUCAAAUGAUUGAAUAUAAUAGUAAUUUUCGCUUAUACAUUACGACAUGUCUAAGGAAUCCUCAUUAUCCUCCAGAAAUUAUGGUUAUGGUAACCGUAAUAAAUUUUAUGAUUACGGAACAAGGUUUACGUGAACAACUGUUGGCUACUGUUGUGGCUCAUGAACGUCCCGAUCUGCAGGAGAAAAAGGAACAAUUGAUUAUUGAGUCGGCAAAAAAUCGCGAUGCUUUGUAUACAAUCGAAUCAAAAAUAUUGGAGGUACUUUCAACGUCCGAAGGCAAUGUAUUGGAAGAUGAAAAUGCCAUUAACAUUUUGUCAUCGAGCAAAAUCUUAUCCGAACAAAUUCAAGAGAAACAAAUUAUUGCAGUCGCUACUGAGGCGGAAAUUGAUGAAGCGCGUCAACGUUACGUACCGGUAGCCAAACAUUCGGCCAUAUUGUUUUUUUGCAUCAGUGAAUUGGCAAAUAUUGAUCCCAUGUAUCAAUACUCGUUGGGUUGGUUCUUGAAUCUCUUUGUGAAUACCAUCAUGAAGGCACCCAAAUCAACUGAAUUAAACGAACGUUUGCAACAUUUAAAUAAUUAUUUUACGAAAUCAAUUUAUCAGAACGUUUGCAGAUCUCUAUUUGAGAAAGAUAAAUUGGUUAUAUCGUUGGUCAUGUGCUUAGGUAUAAUGCUGUCAAAGGGUAAAAUAAAUAAAUCCCAUUUGUUGUUCUUUUUAACGGGAGGCGUUGGAUUGCAAAGUAUUCCACCUAAUCCAGCACCAGUAUGGCUUCCUGAAAAGGCUUGGUUUCAAAUAGUGCUGGCCAGCAACUUGGAAGGUUUAGCAAACUUUUAUAAAAAGUUUGUAGAAGACAUUGAGGCAUGGAAGAAAUUUUAUGAUUUGUCAUCACCGGAAGAAGCUGAAUAUCCGCCACCAUAUGAUCAAAUUGAUGAGAUGUUGGGUUUGAUACUAUUGAAAUGCCUAAGACCGGAUAAAGUUGUGCCAGCGGUUAGAAAUUUCAUUACACGUAACAUGGAUUGUUCAUUUGUGGAGCCGCCUCCUUUUGAUUUGAAUGCAUCGUUUGCUGAUAGUUCGCCAAAAAUACCUUUAGUAUUCCUGCUGUCCCCAGGCUCUGAUCCAAUGGCCAGUCUUUUCAUGUAUGCCAAACAGCGUAAUAUGUACGACAAAACAAAAACCAUUUCGCUGGGUCAAGGACAAGGACCGCGUGCUGAAAAAAUGAUACUCGAAGCCUGUCGCUACGGGUACUGGGUAGUUUUGCAAAACUGUCAUGUAGCUGUCAGUUGGAUGGGUGAAUUGGAGCGCAUUUGCAAUGACACAACUCUGGCCGAAUCUGCACAUACCGAUUAUCGUCUUUGGUGUACUUCCUAUCCGAGUUCAGUGUUUCCUGUGUCGGUGCUGCAGAAUUCCGUUAAAAUGACAAAUGAACCGCCCAAAGGUCUAAAGGCCAACAUGCAGAGAUCAUUUAAUUCGGAUCCACUGGUGCGAGAUAAAUUCUUUACAAAUGCAUUUGUGUACACGGAGACGGCCAAUAAAUGUUGGCUGCGCGGUGUAUUUGCGUUGGUAUUCUUUCAUGCGGUGGUGCAGGAACGUCGCGAAUUCGGACCAUUGGGUUGGAAUAUACCGUAUGAAUUUAGUGAAGCGGAUUUAAAAAUUUCAUUGCUGCAGCUUAAGAUGUUUAUAGCUCAAAGUAAUAGCAUACCAUUUCGUGGACAUGUCUAUCUAACCGGUGAAUGUAACUAUGGUGGUCGUGUUACAGAUGACAAGGAUCGUCGUUUAAUCUUGUCAUUAUUGAACAUGAUCUAUAAUCCCGGUACUAUUGAGGUUGACAAUUACGCUUUAUCACAAUCUGGCACAUAUCGAGUACCUUUGAAUCCAACACGUGUCAAUGCUUUGGAUUACAUAGCAGAAUUUCCUUUAAGUCCUCAUCCUGAAGUCUAUGGUUUACAUGAAAAUGCCGAUAUAAAUCGUAAUAACAAGGAAACAAAUAGUCUAAUACAAGGUGUUUUAAAAACCCAAACAGAUUUAAUGGCUUCUGUCAAGUCGAGUGGUGCAGGGGCGGAUGGUGCAAAAAUAGAUCCUGCCUUUCAGAUUUGUAAGGAUAUAUUGUCGCGUCUACCGGAUGCCUUUGAUCUGGUGGAGGUAACACACAAAUAUCCUGUAGUUUAUACAAAUUCUAUGAAUACGGUGUUGAGACAGGAGUUGAUAAGAUUUAAUCGUUUAUUGGAUUAUAUACGCAAAAGUUUGACUAAUGUUCAGAAAGCUAUACAAGGUCAAAUUGCCAUGAUACCGGAAUUGGAAAGAACUCAUCGAUCUAUGGUUAUUGGCAAACUCCCUGAUGAUUGGCUGAAAAAAAGUUAUCCUUCUUUGAAACCACUCGGCAGUUAUGUUACUGAUUUUCUAGCAAGAUUGGAAUUCUUUCAAACUUGGUUAGACAAAGGAGAACCGAUUGUUUACUGGCUAUCGGGUUUCUAUUUUACACAAUCGUUUAUGACCGGAGUUUUACAAAACUAUUCGAGAAAGAAUCGCUUUCAAAUCGAUAUGGUGCGUAUUGAGUUUGAAAUAACGAAAUAUGAAAUGGAAGCAGAUGAAACGCCUGAAUUGGGAGCAUACAUAAGGGGCCUCUUCCUUGAAGGUUGUCGCUGGAAUCGUUCCCUACAAGCAGUUGAUGAAUCCUUUUCAAAGAUACUAUUUGAUACCAUCCCUGUUGUUUGUCUAAUGCCAACAAUGAAAACGGAAGGUCAACAAAAGUCCUGUGCGGCAAGAGAUGAUGACGGUGGCAAACAAAUCUACGAGUGUCCUGUGUAUAAAACAAGCGAAAGGCGUGGUAUUCUAUCCACUACUGGCCACUCUACGAACUUUGUAAUGUACAUGGAUUUACCGUGUACAAGAAAUCAAAUGCAUUGGAUUAAUCGUGGUGCUGCUUCGCUGUGUCAAUUAGAUGAUUAGUUUUGCUUGAAUGAGCUGAAAGAAACACAAAAGGAUGUUUCAUCCUCUGCUAUUCAUAUUAUAAUUUUUUUUUUUGUUUGAGAGCAUUAUUUCUUUACAUUAUUUAGAGACUGAUGUAUAUUUUUUUAGACUGG